AUGACAAUCCGCAAACACAAUCCGUGGGAGGAAGACGCCCCGGUUUCAGCACUGGUGUCUCUCCCUGCGAGGGACCUGUCUCUGUUCGCUCGCGCUUCUGGCCCGGCUCGUCGUCCUGGUGACCCCGUAGCCAUCCUUUUCACGGGCGCAGGUGGAGCUCUGGCGGCCUAUGUCAAGGUCGAACAACACCUGUGUACCUUUGUCAGGACGCUCUUCUACGACAGGGCUGGUUAUGACCUUAGCACGCUGCCCUCCAACGUCGAGUCCUUGACCGCCCAAGACGGGGCAAUAGACCUUGAUGCGCUUCUGAGCAAGAUCGAUGUCGGUCCACCGUACCUUCUCAUCGGACAUUCGUUUGGAGGGAUCCCACUGCGAGAAUUCCUGCACCAUCAACUGGUCAAACAUCGGCCAGCGAAGACUACAGAUAUCAUUUCUGGGGUCGUCCUAUACGACACAGUCUCGGAGCUAGCAUGGGCGUUGUUCCCGCGCAUGCCGAGUGCUGAUCUUCUGGCUGUAUCUCAGGACGUGGACUGGGAGGAGCUCACCAAUUUCAAGACCGAGUCUGGCAUGACCGACGAGGAAUGGAAUGCUGCGAUCGAAGCGAGUCUGCGGACAAUCAAGGGUGCCAGGAGAGAAGACACCCAUGGGAGUGCACGGGCGUUGGCCAAGAAGCAGCAGUUGGAAAAGCACACCUAUCAUGGGGGAAUCUUGGCCGUGAUCCGGUGUAACAUGGCGGGAGACUACCAAAAGAUGUACGACGAGGGAGUGAGGCUGGGGGGUGGGACGCAAAAGGAGCGGGAGGGAGCAAAGCAGUUUAUCGAGGAGUGGAAAAUGUACAGCUAUCAGAUGGUCAAGGCACAGGUUGAUCUGGUAGGGAGCAGUGACCAAGGGAGCAUCUUGUUCAGGGAGCUGAUGGACUGGGGGCAUGAUAGUCUCAUGAGAAAACCUGAAUUGGUGGGAGACGCGGUGCGCUGGGUUCUGGCAGCGUUGGAAGAAAAAGGGAUGGCGACAGUCGAUGCUGUUGCCCGAGGUUCAAGGAGCUAG